AUGCAGAAUAUCACCUCGCCGUCACCACCACCAAGCGACUCGAAUCCCACGCAGCGCUCGGGCUUCGGCACCAACACGUCUCAGUUCUUUGACGAUCCGGACAUUCUCAUGUCCACACAACACAACAUUGGCGAAGACACCAACACACUCCCAGCAUACCCGCACAUUCGGUCAACAGCCAAGAAGAUGAACACUUGGGCUCCGUUCCGCUCCCAGCAGGUCCAGCCGGACACGUCCAUGGUAAACAAGGAGUUCGGCGACUUUGACCACAGCAUAUCCGACGAGGAAAGCAUGGCCGUCGAGCAGGCGCGAGGUAACCGCAGCAACCGCGGUACUCCCAGCAAGAUGAGCUCUCAGUUUAACAGCCUUUACGACAUCACACCCCCCACCAACCGGUCGCGCAAGUCAUACCAGGCAGAGACUGGUAGCCUUCGACGCGACGCGGCGAUCCGACGCGCCUCACGCAACGACCUCGAUACUGCAUCGCCGCGUCCUGCAAGCAAGCGCAACUCCCCCGCUGUCUCUACCAAGGAAGACCGCAAGCGCACUUCACUUGCACAGCUGCACGCGAAGCUAUCGGAAGACGAGUCAUCGUUUAUGGAGCACCGACCACCAACACUGACCAUGGACUCGGCCAAGAACACGCGCUGGGGCAACAGGAGCCGACAGACCUCUCUCCAAACUGACGGCAAUGUCGACUUGCCGCAAUCAAAAGCUACAUCUCGCUCCAGGCCGACCACAGCACAGAACGCGACUGCGCAGUCAUUUAUUUUGCCCGACAUCCCCAACCUUACCGAGCUUGUCUCUGGCGUCUUCGACGAUGGCACACCAGUCUUUUCCAAGACCGCACCCUCAAGAUCACGCUUCGCUGCUCCUCCAUACGGCGGUCGCCGCCCAUCGCAUAUCCCAAUCGAUGGUGCGCCGAUACCUGACGAAGAGAAGGCCAUCUUCGCUGCCCUCCAGCAGCUACAGGAGAAGAUUGCAGACAUGGAGCGUGAGCGUGAGGAGAAGGACAAGAAGAUGGAUGAGCAGGAACUGGAGCUGAUUGAACUGAGAGCGACCACACAAGCUCAAGAGAAGUUGCGACGGAGCGACAGCGCGCAGGACUCUGAUGCUGGCGGAAAGAGCGGCUGGAAGGUCGAGAAGACGCGUCUUGACGCGACAGUACAAACCCUCCGAACCAAGCUUGAUCGCGCCGACCGCAAAUUCGCCGUACUCGAAAUCGAGAAGAAACGCCUAAGCACCGAGCGCGACAACAUGGCUAACCAGCUUGGUGUCGCAUUCCAGACCUGCGAAGAGCUUAAGACCGAGAAGAACGCUUUGAGCCACGAGAACGAGCAGCUCCGCCAGGAGAUUGACAACCUUCGCGAACAACUCGAACAAGACCAGUCACACCACCGCGAGGAGACAACUCAGCUUCGUCAGCAGUUCGACCAAGCCGCGAAUGCGACCCAGAGGGAGAACGCCAACCUACAUGCCGAGUUGGCUCGCGUACGCGCUCAACAGGACGAGAACACCCAGCAGUUGACUCGUAGAGAUAUGGAACUGCGAAAGGCGCGUCAAGAGCAUGCUGAGUAUGCCCGUUUGAAAUCCGACCACGAGUCGCUCAAGGCUCAAUUGGCAGAAUUCAAGGCGAAGCGCGAAGAGGAGGCUCAGCGCUGGUCUCGUCAGGAAGCUUCGUUGCGAGCUCAGGUUGGCCGACGCGACGACACCAUCCGACACUUCGAGGAUAUGACACAAGAGCGUACCAAUGAAGCCAUGCGUCUGGACAAUGAGAACCUCCGAAACGAGCUUCGCGAACUGCAGGCUCAGCAAGAUGAGGAGAAUGAGGAGUGGGCCAGGAAAGAGGCGGAGUUGCAGCGAAAGAUCCGUCAGCGUGAGAGUGCUCGAAAGGCUAGGGACAUCGAGCAGCACUUCGACGAUACCACCGGUCCUGUUUCGAGAACUAGGGAUACGGAGCACAUCUUCGAGGACACUCUGCAACGCAAGCCUAGCUACCGCCGCGAAGAUACACGCACGCGCAUCAGGAACCGUGUUCAGCAGGAAGUCCGCAACAGCAAGGUCGCUGGAGUACCAAACCAAGAGAGCCCGCGAAAGUCGUUCACCGGACAUUCGCGAUUCUCAACCCGCAGUGUCUCAGCACCUGUUCCCGCUGACAAGCACGCCCGCGCCGAGAGUGAUGUGGAGUCGACGACCGAUCUGUCUCUUGCGCCUCGCGCAACUCUUCGCAUCUCACGAAACCCCACUUUGACGAGGCAGACCACGACCGUUCAGCCUCCUGCUGACCUGAGUCUGACAGAGUUGAGCUUCUUCCCCCAAGAAGAGAUUGCUAGGCUUCGACGAUCUCUGGAAGAACAGCGGGCUGCUGAGCGUCAUGGUGCUUCAUCGACCAGGACUGAAGAGCCAGUCCACGAGGACACUGUUCGAUCGCAGCGCCAGACUCGCGAAGACACCGUCAGGUCAGUCGCUUCUGCUAAGAGCGAACGACGACCCUCUCUUGUGCGCAAAUCGUCACUCAAGGACACCACUCAGCGCACCACCAACACCCACUUCGAAGAAGACACUGGCAACUUGUCGAACAUGGAUGCCGACGCUGAAGCCACCCAAACAAAGCAGUCAGCCAUCGACGCGUCCAUGCUCAGCAACACCAGCCGCAGACGCCGCAGCGCUCCCACCGAAAUGACAUCCGCCUUCAUCCUCCCCGACAUCAAGCUCAGCUCCACCAACCAAACCGCCACAUCCCGCAAACCCAUCACCAAAGACCACGACAACGACAACUGCACCGUCUGCCGCCGCGAAGGCUACACCACCGCCACCGGCCCCCUCCGCGUCCCCAAACUCGUCUCAGCUUCUUCCCGCACAGCCGACGAACCCGACGCAACCCUCCGUCCCGCACAAUCCCCCCGCGAAGCCCUCGCCCUCGUCGUCAAAGGCCUAAAAGACGAGCGCGUCCACCUCUGGGCCGAGCUCGCCGUCCAAGGCGCCCUCCUCGAACAACACGACCCCAGCCUGGGCAAGCGCCGCCGCGACGCCCUCAACGCCUCAAUCCAAGACCUUCACCGCCGUCUCGAAUGGCUAGACAUGCAGAUCUACCGUCUCCACGACGUACUCGAAGGCCAAAAAGCUGAUGAGCUCACCGAAGCGGAAUUCGACGACCUUACACAAGAAGUCCUUGUCCAGCAGUCUGAACAGGAACAAGAACAACAGGAUGGAAACACGGAGAAAUCGGUAACGUCUGGUGGAAAGAAGAAGGCGAAGAAAGUUACUAUUCGCAGUUUUAUUGAUGAGGAUGAGGAUGAGAGUGUGGAGUUGAGGCGUAGUACCGCGCAACAGGGUCGUGCUGAGGAGGAGAGUGGUGAUGAGACGCAUGAACUUCCUUGGGAAGGGUUUGGGGAGGAGAGUAUGGAGGGGGAUGUUAGUUUUAAUGCGCUGGAGGGGUGGAGGGCUAGUGUGCAUUGA